AUGGCGGAUGCAUAUUGUUCGGAUUGUAAGAAGAGUACGGAGGUGGUGUUUGAUCAUUCGGCCGGCGACACGGUUUGCUCGGAAUGCGGGCUGGUUCUGGAGUCGCAUUCAAUUGACGAGACGUCGGAGUGGAGGACGUUUGCGAAUGAGUCAGGGGAUAACGACCCUGUUCGUGUGGGUGGGCCGACUAAUCCCCUGCUCACGGACGGCGGUUUGUCCACCGUGAUCUCCAAACCCAAUGGAACCACCAGUGAUUUCUUGACAUCUUCGCUGGGUCGUUGGCAGAAUCGUGGGUCCAACCCUGAUCGCACCCUUAUCUUGGCCUUCAAAACCAUCGCCACCAUGUCUGAUAGGCUGGGUCUAGUUGCCACAAUUAAGGACCGGGCUAAUGAGAUCUACAAAAAGGUGGAAGAUCAAAAGUCCAGUAGAGGAAGAAAUCAGGAUGCUAUAUUGGCUGCCUGCUUAUAUAUUGCUUGUAGACAAGAGGAUAAACCACGAACUGUUAAGGAGAUUUGCUCUGUUGCGAAUGGUGCAACGAAGAAGGAAAUUGGCCGAGCGAAAGAAUACAUUGUGAAACAACUAGAGCUUGAGAUGGGUCAAUCUGUGCCUAUAGGGACAAUUCACGCUGGGGAUUUUAUGAGACGGUUCUGUUCUAACCUUGGAAUGACAAACCAAGCAGUUAAAGCUGCCCAAGAAGCUGUUAAAAAAUCAGAGGAGUUUGACAUCAGGAGGAGUCCCAUAUCUAUUGCUGCUGCAGUCAUUUACAUUGUCACCCAGCUUUCAGAUGAUAAGAAGCCCCUUAAAGACGUUUCAGUUGCAACAGGAGUUGCUGAAGGGACAAUUAGAAAUUCAUACAAGGAUCUUCAUCCUCACCUUUCAAAGAUAAUUCCUAGUUGGUAUGCCCAGGAAGAAGAUCUCAAGAAUUUGUGCAGCCCCUGA